AUGUCGCACCUCUCAGCUUUGAAUCAGCAACAGAUUAUUGCCAAGAUAAACGAUGGCUCCUUUGUGUUGAACGACCUCAGCAUCGAUAGAUGCCCUAAACUUGAGACUGGAAAGGUCUCGCGGGAAGCCCUGAAGCAAGUCUACGCGCGGAUGGUGGAAGAAGUCUUCAAAUCUUUACAUCUAGACAAGGCACAAACCCUGAUCUGCUUCAGAAAGUGCGUCAAGACUCUUGUCCACGGUGAACCUCUACAGGCGACAAGCCUGAGCGAGUACAAGGGAUGGAAGAAAGUCAAGAGACAUCUCCAGACCGCAAUCGAGCUACAGUCCCAGUUUGGGUAUCCUCCUUGUAUACCAGCACCUCACCUGGUUUCCGUCAUCGUGGUGCUCGCCAUCCGCCGUCUGCGAAUCAACACCGACAGGUUUGCUGAAGACAACCAACCUUUUACACGUCUAUUUGGACACUGUCACAUGUCUCAGUGGCUACCCAUUGCUAUCAAGUUCAAUGAGCAGAUGCGCAAUGAGCCCUUCCUCUUGAGAACCGUACAAGGCAUCAAUGAGCCUGAACUCAUCAGUCAGAGCCAGGGUGACAAUGAUGUUUGGGUUGUCUUAACCAGCGAUCCCUCCCCUUCAGGAUCUCGCGCCCUGCCCGCUCAGAUUGUGGAACGAAUCAAGGAACUGGCGACACCUAUCGACCCUGAUAUCGCGAUGGGUAGGAACGAAAACGCCGCAACUGAUUCCAACGAGUCCGGCAAGGAUGAACCCAUCAAUGUGAUAAUGGUGACUAACCGAGCUGAAGCCCUGCAGUCUGCCGCUGAGGUCUUGGGCAAGCUUGGCCAGCCAGGCGUUUUUCAAUGGUAUCUCAAGCUUGAAUUGGACAUGUGGCUCAGUGAGUCCAACAUCCGUGUCAUGCCUCGGCAUAUAAAGAAGGCACUCUCUUUCUGGUGCAAAGAAUAUUCGCCCAGCUGGUGUGGGUUGAUCAGGUUAUGCCUGGAUGACGACCGAGAGACUUGGAUUCAGGAGAGAGAGGUUCCCACGGCCUCUAAUCUUUGCAUACUCAAAGGAGGUGGCUCGGACUUCUUGCGACUCUAUAGCCAGCUUGCCAACGAGGCUUUCGAACUCAAAAGCUCUAACCCCACCGAGGCCCGUCGUCUCAUGGAUCGGGUUUGUAAUGGCAUCAAACUGUUUUCAGCCAACGAGAAAGAAGUGCGAGUGAGAGAGCCGAGAGGCGACUUGGCUUGGAGAGCAAAAUACUGCUUUGAAAAUCAGCAUCGCGAUGACAGGGUUGACAUUGAAGAGCUUUGGUCUCUGCAUGUCCAGCAGACUGGCAAUGUCCCAGACUGCCUCCGACGUAUCGCUCACGCCAUCUGCACUCCCGAAGAGGUGGAAAGGCUCGAAACCACUAUAGGAUCUAAUUCCUAA